AGCUCAGUGCCUCUCUGAGGCCCACCGGCUCUUUUACGUGAAGCGCGGCCGCCCUCUCGCUUUGCUCCGCCUCCUCACCGCCUCUCGCCGCCUUUCGGUCGGUGGCCGGGGCUUGCCACAUCGGCGGCGGCUUCCCCCUCCUCUCCAGCGAGCGGCGGCCUCAGGCUGGCCAUUCAGUCCAGAGCGGGGCGCUCUUUCCACAGUGGGGCCUUCGGAGGGCGUCGCGAAAUGGAGCUCCGCCGCCGCCCCUUCUGCUGCUGCUGCUAAUGCUGCUCUCCGGGACGCCUCUUUCGCCAAGGCCGCGGAGCCCGCGAGUCCUCUCCCUCCGCCCCAGCUGUUUAAUCGCCGCGGGGGCGAGAAUAUCUGCGCGGGUCGGCGGUGGUGCGCGGGAAGCUCGGGCGCCCCCCUCACAGCUGCCUUUGCAGUCGGCCGGCGGCCCCUUCUCGGUGGUCCUUCUCCUCAGCCGGCGAUGAGCGAGCGGCCGCCCGGGAAGCGGGGAAGGCGCAGCCCUCGCUCGACCUCCGCCCGCCCGCUCGCCUCGUUGUUGGCGUCGCCUUGAGGCAGCGGGCGAUGUGGAGCUCGGGGGCUGCCGUGCUGCAGCUUCUCUCCCGGGCGGCCAAACACGCCGUUGCCCAGGGAGCCCGGCAGGACCCGAGCCGCUGGUUGCCUCGCCUGGGCGCUGCGGCGGAGUCGGGCGAGGCGGCGGCGGCAGGGCUGUGCUUCGGCGAGCCAGAGGGGCUGCACCGUGAUGCCCAGCAGGACCCGUCGGCGGAGGUGCUGCUGUGCCAGCUGCCCGACGCGGGGCCCGGCUCGGGCGAGAGGACGUGGCGCUGGUCGUGCUGCCUGCUGGGCACCUGCUGGUGCAAGAGUUGCCUUAGCGGGUGCUUCCUGGCGGCUCUGUGCUUCGCCUCGCUGGCCUUCGUCCGCCAGUACCUGCGCGAUCUGAUGCUCUGGGCCGAGAGCUUGGACAGCCUGGCCGGCGUGCUGCUCUUCACCGUGGGCUUCAUCGUGGUCUCCUUCCCCUGCGGCUGGGGCUACAUCCUGCUCAACGUGGCUGCGGGCUACCUCUACGGCUUCGUCCUGGGCAUGGGCCUCAUGGUGCUGGGAGUCCUCAUCGGCACUUUCAUCUCCCAUGUUGUCUGCAAGAAGCUGCUCGCCAGAUGGGUGCAGGCCAGGAUCCAGGGCAGUGAGAAGCUCAGCGCUGUCAUCCGUGUGGUGGAGGGAGGAAGUGGCCUCAAGGUGGUGGCCUUGGCCAGGCUCACCCCCAUCCCCUUUGGGCUUCAAAACGCAGUCUUCUCUAUAACAGAUCUUUCACUACCUAACUACCUGAUGGCUUCUUCCAUUGGACUGCUUCCAACUCAGCUCUUGAACUCCUAUUUGGGCACCACCUUGCGCACAAUGGAGGAUGUUAUUGCAGAACAAAGCGUUAGCGGUUAUUUUAUAUUUAGUUUACAGGUUCUAAUAAGUAUAGGCCUCAUGUUUUAUGUUGUCCACCGGGCUCAAGUAGAGUUGAAUGCGGCCAUUGUUGCUUGUGAAAUGGAAAUGAAGACAUCGCUUGUUCAAAGCAGUCAUUCAAGCAACAGCAGUUCAGCAUUUUGCAACAAGAGGACGCUUGCAUUUUCUGGAGGAGGGAUCAAUAUUGUAUGACUUCUCUUCCCCCCCCCCCCCCGCCCCCAUUCCCAAAGUAUUACAUUGAGAUGUUGUGAACCUGAAUAGCCCAACCUAUUGCCUAGACACAACUCUGAGCAUCUCAGUGAGACUUAAAUCCCAAGCAGUUGACAGUUGUACUGUGGCACAAACGAUGCUGGUGGUUUUUUAAAUUGCACAGUGGUCGAUUUUUUGCAAAGAAUCAAUAAGUGGUUAAGUAACUGUAAAUACAAGUUUGGCUGCACCUUUUUUGAUUAUUCUACAUGUCAUGGCCUGUAGUCUGCACUUUAGGUUCUGUUUGAAUUUGCUUCCACAAACCUGAGGACCCCCCCCCCCCCCCGAGGUAAAUAUUUUUCUGCUUAGCAUUGUUUAUAAGGCUAAAUAAUAAUAUACAGUCGAUUUUUCGUACUGGUGAAUGAGUGUAAAGUAUGCAACUUCAUGUACAAUAUGUUUGAAUGGACUUAGCUUUCAAAAUGUUUCCAAGAAGGAGUAUGUUUUCCCUCUUGAAGAAGCGAGCACUCAGCCUAGGGAAGGUCUUUCCUCCAGGGCUGGGAAGGCAAGACAACCAAUUCCUAAGGAAGAGAAACUUCUCCCUGUACCCACAGUCAUUUUCCUGCCAGCAACAGGGAACAGUGUUUCCAUGGGUACUCUCUGGUGACCCUUGGGGAAACAGAAAACCAGGGAGAGGGGGAUUUGGGUAUUUCUGGAACCGUUUGGCUUCCCUUAUAUUGGUUUUUUAUUUUGACUUGAGCUGAAGGGGUGGGAUGGGGGGUAAGAAGGAAACCUUACAUAAAUCUUUGGUUGAAUGUAUUUUUGUAAGCUACUGAAAUGUCAUGGAGCCAUUCAUAAUUUUUCACCUAAGUUUAAAUCCUACAUUGUGGGACUGAAGUGCUCUUAUAUAACAUUUUAAGUUACACUGUGUCAUAUGCAAAGUAAAAGGGGGACUGUGGAAUAUUUGAUGGUUUGUGGCAAAUAGUGGCCUGAUGCAUAAUUUGCAUGCUGAAUACAAGUCUUUGUUCUGACUUUACCAACUUUGACAAUAACAAAAGGGCUCUUCCAUUACAAUCCAUUUUCUAGUUAAUAAUAAAAUGUUUAUUGGGGCGCACAGGUCAGCUUCACCUUUACAUGCAUGGUAAGAGAAAAUGGGAGGAACUAAAUCUCUCUGAGAAUACUAUGGUACUUACCCAUCACGUGGCCUUUAUUUUAUAUGGAAAACCAUUUGGUUUUUCUUUAAUGAAAGCUUUAAAAAUUCCCUCCUAGUAUACUUUCCUCCAACCAUCAAAUGAUGUUCUUCUGGUAGACCUUUUGUGCAGUACUUCGAUACUUUACCAACAGAGUGCUGUGAAGAUUGUACUUGUCCCUUUGUUCUUUGCAUUUGCUUAAAAACUUGCAAAAACUUGGGAAAGGCAAAGGUUUUCCAUCAAAAAUAAGUGAAUAGAAAGGGGCAGAGAUAUUACAGAGGCUCAGGAAUCUGUAAACAUUUUUAAAAGAAUAUAUUUCAUAGGAUAUAGCGAGUUUACUGCAGAAUCUGAGAUGCUUCUUUGUGGGUUUGACUAGACUGGAAUAAGCCUGUCUGUGCUUGUGUGUUGGUACCAUAAUUCUUUACAGAUGCAUAUUUGUAUACCUGAAUUAUGUACUCGCAAAAAUGCUUCACAGCAGUUGGAACCAGCACAAAACUACUUUGAACUCAAAUAAUCUUAUUUUUGUCUGAAAUCUUGAUUAGUUUGUUCAGAACAAUAAAGUACACUUCUGGCUUA